AUGCGUAGUGAUAGUAUUCAAAAUUACUAACGGCGCUUGGAUGACCAGAAUGAAGAUAUUUAUUUCUCUUAAAUACAAAUGUUUAUGAUUUUCCGAUUGACACUGUGUGAAAAUUUGCUGCAGACAUGGAUCUAAGCCAUCUGAAAGUUGGAGUUAACGUUGACAUUCAACGAACUGAUGGACGGAUUCAUUCAGCUGUUAUCAGUGGGGUGAAUAACGACGCAAAAAGUGUCACAGUGGAAUGGUUUGAGCGAGGAGAGACAAAGGGGAAGGAGAUUGAAGCUGAUGCAAUAUUCAGUUUGAACCCCCACUUGAUGCAGGAGAAUCAAAAGCCAGGCGCACGUGACACACACUCAUCACAGAGUCAGAACGACAACGACGAUGAUGAUGAUUACACAUACGGUAGUGUCAGUCCUGUAGAUCAAGCCCCUCCUGCUGAGGGCAAGGGGCGCGGAAAAAAGGGAGGUACAGUGUCCAUACGAGGGAGUAACAGAGUGUCUGCUGCAAAUGCACAGGAAACUCCAAGGCUUAGCAAUAGAGUGUCAUCUUCAUCUUCUAAAGUUGGUUCUGCCCGGUCGCGACAGAGCUACGCAACGCGACCCCCAGCCACCCAGCAGAACCAGCAGAAUGGACAGAACGGUCAGAACGGUCAGGCUGAGCCAGCUGAGAGCAAGAAGCCUGGAAUACCAGUGGCAGAUCGGCGCAAAUCCAACUGUGUUAAAGAAGUAGAGCGUAUAGAACAGCGUAGAAAAGAGCGUCGAGAAAAGCAGGUGGCAAUCAAAGAACAGAUGGACGGGGAUUAUGACACAUCAGAUCCCAACUGGCAGUUUGCUGCAAUGAUCAAAGAGUUCCGGGCCCAUUUGGAUUAUCGGCCCUUGACCUCUUCUGAUCCAAUUGUGAACCAUCAGAUCUGCGUGUGCGUACGAAUCCGGCCUCUCAACAAGAAAGAGCAAGGCAAGAAGGAAGUUAGUGUGAUAACUGUACCGAACAAAGAAACUGUGAUAGUGCACGAGCCUAAAACAAAAGUGGACCUUACGAAGUACCUGGAAAACCAGAAUUUCCGAUUUGACUAUGCAUUUGAUGAAAACUCUUCCAAUGAGAUGGUCUAUAGGUAUACAGCCAAGCCACUUGUGGACUGUAUAUUUGAGAACGGCAUGGCUACAUGCUUUGCAUAUGGACAAACUGGGAGUGGAAAAACACAUACUAUGGGUGGAGAUUUCACUGGGGGAAAGGGCCAACAGGAAACUGCCAAGGGUAUUUACUGUCUAGCUGCUCGUGAUGUUUUUAAAUUAAUCCACACCAAAUACAAGAAAUCAGAACUGACAGUGGGUUCAAGUUUCUUUGAAAUAUACAGUGGGAAGGUAUUUGAUUUGCUGAACAAGAAACAGAAACUUCGAGUUCUUGAGGACCACAAAGGUCAAGUGCAGGUUGUAGGGUUGAAGGAGGAGGUUAUAAAUAGCGCAGACGACGUGUUGCGAUUGGUUGCUCACGGGACCAACGUUCGGACAUCUGGAGUGACGUCUGCCAAUCAACAUUCUUCACGAUCCCAUGCUGUGUUCCAGAUCAUCUUAAGGAAAAAAAGUACAGGGAAACUGCAUGGGAAGUUCUCCUUGAUAGAUCUAGCUGGUAAUGAACGAGGACAGGAUACCAAGAGUUCAGACAGACAAACCCGCAUGGAGGGGGCAGAAAUUAACAAGAGCUUACUGGCACUCAAGGAGUGCAUUCGAGCGUUGGGUCGUAAGGCUGGCGCCUACUUGCCGUUCCGAGCCAGCAAGCUGACACAGGUCCUGCGUGACUCCUUCAUAGGCGACAACUCCAGAACAUGCAUGAUCUCCAUGAUAUCUCCGGGGAUGGGCUGCUGUGAACACUCUCUGAACACUCUCAGAUAUGCUGAUAGAGUGAAGGAGCUGGGACCAGGGGGCCCUGUUGAAGGGAAGCCUGCUGAGAUUGACCUGUCUGGACACUACAAUAACCUGGGGGCCAUGUCCCCACAAAACAGCGCCCUAGCCCUGCUGAGAACCACAAAUCAAGACGAGGUCUCUGACGAGAUGAUGACGUUCCAUGAGAAGGUGAACCACAUGCAGGAGCUGGAGGAGGAGAUUAUUGAUGACCAGAAGUCACUCAUCGAUAACACUCAGAAAUGGCUGACAGAACAGAAGAAGCUCCUGAAACAGUCUGACGAGGUUGACUAUGAUGUAGAAGCAUAUGCGAAACAGUUAGAUGCUCUAUUAGGAAGUAAAAUAGAGGAACUUGUUAAACUGAAAGAGAAAGUUGCAAACUUCCGUGCUGACAUACAAGAGGAGGAAACACUGAGCAAGAACAUGAAAGCCAACAAGAAGAAAUGAGGGUCAUGAAUGAGCACAUCAUGUUCAAUGUCUGUCCCAUCAUUCUCAUAUCGGGCAUCAUGCUCCUAACUGUUUGCACACGUCCACUUGCACAUGGCUGGAUCUGUAUUCAGAUCUCAGUGCCAUCUUAGUGCAGUCUGAAAUUAACAUUGUAGUAUUAUUAUUUACACAGUUUUUUGUGGAGCUUUUAUAUAAUGCGAGAUGUGUUGUGGGAGAACCAAAGUGCAUUGGCUUAUCUGGAGACAAAAGGUUUCCCACCACAUGCCUCAUGUAUAAUAGUGUUGACAGUGACAUUGUAAAAUCUGAAUCUCUUAAAUAGCAAUCUUGACAUGUUCAUAUUGAGCUGUAUGUAUCAAUAGCGGGUCUAUGCUUGUAUUGUGUAGUUUACUGUCAGAAGAGGAAAAUUACCUAUUGGGAGCUAGACACUGUUACCAGCAUAUGGACAAAGAAGAUUGAUAGCUUUGUCCUGUGUUUAAAUGAUAAUAUUGUCUGGCAUUAGUUGUUUAUACAUUUCAAAGCUUGUUUGUGUCAGACUUCUUAAAGUGUCCUGCAUAAGCCGACUGUAAUGUAUGCAAUUUCUGUGUUCAUUCAUCAGUUAUACUGGUGUCUUAGCCAGUUUUCCUUGGUCAGCCUUGGCGUAUUAAUGUCUGCUCCGGCCUAUGCUUUGUGAUUUGUUUGGAUGUCUAACUGGGAUACUAUUAUAAUCAGUCUUCGCAACUUGCAUGAGAGUAAUAGAUGCCUGAAUAGGAAAAAAUAUUGGAAAACUAUUUCAAAUGUUAUGUGAGUUUAUGUACCAAUAGAAGGGUGCAGUUCAGCCCUUGCUUGUGUGCAAAUGUUUUAUUUAAAAAAAAACUCAUGACAAUUAUAUGCCAGAUUAAAUUUAGAAUAUGUUAUUGAUCAAUAUUGAUUCUUGAAAAGGUUUAACUUUUUUGUCUUGAUAUUUUUUUCUAUGAAAUACAGGAAGAUCAUUACCGCCAUGAGCAUAAGGCAAUAACACAAUUACAUGUACGCAGUUGUGUUACUUUAGAGCAAAGUUAUUAUUAGGUUUUUACCAUUGGUCAAUAUUUAUAACAUUAAACAAGUGAUCACCAUUGCCUUAGCCUGUAUGGCAGAGUUUUAUACACUUGAUGUAAUGGUCUGUGAAAAUAUGAUUUUAUUGUAUACUAUAAUGUACAAUAUAUUUCAAGUAUAGCCAAUUGAUCAAAAUGAUUAUCAUAUUGUCUAUUUCAAGGCAGAAUGAUUCAUCAUGAUAUGUGCACAUGAGACUUAUAUAGUCUUAUAUGGCUAUGAAGUGCCAAUAUGUUUUGAUAGUUUCCUAUUUUUUUUAGUGAAUUUUCAGAUAUAUACUCCACAUUUAAAAGUACACUACAAUUUUAUUAUUUACUUGUUUCAAAUGUAAAUACUGUCAUUUUCUACACUUUGUACCGCUUAUUAAUUUAUGCAUUUAUGUAUAUUGCCAUCUGCUGGUUUAUUUGAAUAUGUUGAGCACAGUUGUAUGGAUGAUGUAGAAACAAACACAAAAACUUAUGGGUUUUAAAAAUGGUUGUAUCACUUUAUUUGAUAGUAUGACAGUAUAUAUCAUACCCCUGUAUUUCAUGUAGAUGGAAUUUCAAUUGAUUGUUCACAGAAACCUGUGCAUUUGGAAAACGUCUCCAAUGCUGUAAAUAUAUGUAGCACAGGCAGGUGAUAUUAAUUGUAGUAUUUUUUUUUAUUAUGUGAUGUAUUGUUGUUAGUUUUCAUUUACAAAUACUACCAUUUGUCUCUCUAUGGCAUAGAUUUCAUGUCUAUGUAUAUGAAUAAAUCAUAAUAAAAUAUUGUAAUGCACGUGUGCAUCUCUUUUAUAGUUGUUUAUGCAGUCUUCGUCCCAUAUUAUAAAAUUAGACAAUGAUUUUUAGAAAAAUAAUGUAUAUAACAAGUUCUCUGCAGUUGUUCAUUUUGAUAUGAAAAAACAACAACACAAUUUAACCCAUUUAUGCCUAGCGCCUAGAAAAAAGGCCUUUGCAAACAGCUUAGACCCAGAUGAGACGCCGCAUGAUGUGGCAUCUCAUCAGGGUCUACGAUGUUUGCUUAAAGGAAUUUAUGUAAGAAAUAUUCUAAAUAUAGAAAUAAAUAUACUAGGCAUCCCUAAUUGUGGAAAUAAAUUGAUCAAAUUUAGAAGGAUGGGAGAGUCCACUAGGCAUAAAUGGGUUAAACAAAUACAUUUAGACAGAAGGCAAGAUUGAAGCAGGAUUUACUACAGAAUCAGGCUUCCCCUUGCCCACAGGCCAACUCACUUUUGGCAUCUACUUUGCCUCAAGUGAAAAAAGGUUGUCCUUAAAGUCAAUGUUUAUUUAAACUUAAAUGCAUGCAGUACAAGAUUUAUCUUGGCAAACAAUUACAUGUAUUAAGCUAAAUCAUUUUGUGAAUAAUUUUAACAGACACAAAUUGAGGUAAGAUAUAAUAUAAAACAUUCAGACAUGUUUUAUUUUUCUGAUACUUAUACACUACAAAUAUCACAGGUUGAAAUAAAAGUAGAAAAUAAAACUUCACUUAAUUGCUUUUCUUGCUUAAAACGGUUCUCAUUAUCCAUUUUUUUGGAAGUAUAUCCUUGAGGAUCUUACAAAUGGAGCCUUGCACAUACACUAUAGUAACCUUGUAUUUUUCACCUUGUCGGAAUAUUAUAGGGUUGGAAAAGGUUGAAUGCUCCUUUUUUGUGAUACCUUUUAAAUUAUGUUUGCUUAUUAACUAGCAUUUAUAGCUGUUUUGAUUUGGAAAAAUUCUUUGGAAUUAACUAAAUCAGUUUAAAUGUAAAUGAUACAAGAUAAUAUCCAAAAUUAAAUUAUAAAUGCAAAAUAUGAUACCAUGGCAAUAUCACUUUGAUAAUUGACUUUUCCUGAUGGGCUGACCUACUUUUGAGAAUCAAAUGUCCCUAUGAAUUUUAACAAGGCACAGGCAAGUAGGCAUCCACUUGAGUAUUCUCAUGUUUUUGACAAUUAAAUUUUUACAGAUGUUUAUUAAUUAUUUUAAAAUGUAUUUAGGAUGUUUCACAUUCUAAUUAAACUCUUUUGAGUAAUAUACCAGAUAUUCGCAGUGUUUAGACAUUAAUAUAUACAACUCAUUUCAUGUUAAAAUAUGUGCUCACAUUUAAACAUGAAACUAUAAGGUUUAUCAUUACCACUAGUUUGAUUUGAUGCAGUCAAUUUAUCAUUUUCAAUUUGCUUUAACUUACAUUAUGUAAAUCAUGUCGUUGGUUUGUUUGUUUUGUUAUUGCCCCCCCCCCCCCCCCCACUAACAGUAAUGAGGGAGUAGCAGGUUUUUGGGAGUGCAUGUCCUGUCAGUCAUUGUCAAACUCUUUUAAACUGUAUUUUUAAUUGUAACUCAUUUAUAUUUCGUCUAAUUUAUUUAUGCAAUUACUUGUAGUUAAUAGCUAUUAUAGGGUGUGUUUGUCAAAACAUGUAAACAGUGCAAAGUAAAGUAAAGUACAGGCUGAUAUUGUAAUCUAGCUACAUGUAUGUAUAUAUAAACUGUAUAAGAUUAUGGUUUGCUCAUAAUAGCUUGUAAUGAUUAUUUAUUUGUUCAAAAGUGAUUAAUCCCGUAAUAAAGAAUCUGCGAUAAUGACAUGUCUUUGAAACAUUGGUGGCGAUUAAAUGGGGGCCACAGUUAAAUGCGCUUUUUAUGCCAUGCAUAUUACAUAUUGUGUCCAGACAACUGUCUUGAAGUUUUUAAUAACAAGACAGUGUUCAAUAAAAAAUACAAAAAUA